ACUUCUAGUUGGUAGUGUUCCAGUAAUAUUGCUAAAAUUCAGGCUUAAAUUGUUAGCAAGAGGAAAUUUGGUUUUAGAUGAUGGCAAUUUUGCUAUGUAAUGACUGCUGUCAAAGUCAAUCAAAUUUCUUAUCUAUUCUGUUCUAUCACAUCUAUCACUAAUCAGGUCUGCUGAUUAUAGCAUUAUCUUGUGAUGCAGUUUUCGCUGAAUUUAUAAAUUUAUUAUUGCAUAAAACUUGUCCACUACAGUGUUAGUGACAAGUUUACGUUAACCUACAUGUUAAAUUUAAAUAUAUAUCAUCACUUGAUAUACUUAUUGACUGUUAUUACAUGACAUAACCUUAACGUUUGUGUAUUUAUUUCAUUCUAUAUAACAUUAUGGAUAAUCGAGGAAAAAAGAUUAUAAACGUCGGUUCCAGAAAGAGUGAGCUGGCCCUGAUUCAGACAAACUAUGUAAUUGACUGUUUAAAGAAAGUUUAUGCUGACAAAGAGUUUAAUAUAGUAACCAUGACAACUCUAGGUGAUAGGAUACUAAAUGUUUCACUGCCUAAGAUAGGAGAGAAGGCUCUAUUCACAAAGGACUUGGAGGACGCCUUGAGGGGCAACACUGUAGACUUCGUAGUACAUUCCCUUAAGGACUUGCCCACUUCGUUGCCGGAAGGUCUAGCUAUCGGUGCAGUGUUUGAAAGAGAAGACCCAAGAGACGCUUUGGUGUUACGAUCGGAAUUCAAGGAACAUACACUUGCAACAUUGCCCGAGGGAUCUGUGAUAGGAACGUCAUCGCUCCGCCGCACGGCGCAGCUCCGCGGCUCACAUCCGCACCUGAAAGUGGUCGACGUGAGAGGCAACCUCAACACGAGGCUGAGGAAACUGGACGCUGAAGACGGGGAAUAUUCAGCGUUGCUGUUGGCCAAUGCGGGGCUGCAGCGGAUGGGGUGGAGUGAGAGGGUUUCGAAGGUGUUACCAUGUUCAGAAAUGCUGUACGCAGUCGGUCAAGGCGCCCUAGCAGUGGAGUGCCGCUCUGGCAACACUGAAAUAUUGGAAAUGUUAGCGCCGUUCAACCACACCGAGACUUACUGCAGAGUGCUGGCUGAGAGGAGCUUCCUUAAGACCUUAGGUGGUGGCUGUAGUGCUCCGGUUGGAAUUUCGACGCGACUGAAGCCUUUUGACACGAAAUUUAAAUUGACCAUAACCGGGGCCGUGUGGAGUAUGGAUGGCUCCACCAAGAUCGCCCACACUUUGGAACAAACAUUUGAUCAAAUAAAGAAAACGUCAAAACACAAACAUAGUCCUGUCGAAGAAAAUGAGACGAAAAAAUUCAAAGCCGAUGCCGCUGUCAACCCUAUAGAAGAAUUGAAUCAAAAAAUUUCAAAUAAAGAAGUCAGAACUUGUGAAGACACCAUAGAUAGAAAAGUUGAGAAUUUGAAUUUAGAACUGUUUUGCGGCCUGACUGAAAAUAUUAGUAUGCCCAUAGACGUGAUAAAAAAAUGUGAAGAGCUCGGGGUGAAUUUGGCGGGAAAUUUGAUUUCGCAAGGUGCUAUAGAGGUUAUGAAAGUUACCCAAGAUAUUAUUAGAAGUUCCGUGGCGAACAGCUGAUUGUAUACAUCUAUUUUUGUACAUUUGUGCUGUACAAGUUGUACCUGUUUUAUAUUAAAGUUUUUUUGUUGGAAUUAGUAAAAUUACAAAAACAAUCUUGGUUCAAUAUUCUAAACUCUCGCUUUUUUACGGGAUUAACUAAUGGCGACCCGUUUCAUGUCAUAGUUUUUGAUAGUUUAUAUCGUGAGAUAAAUUAUGAACUAAAGUUUCCACGGUGACAUAUAAUCGCCAUUGGCAUGUAAAUGGCGAUUAUAUGUCAAAUCAGAUUAUAUGGUAAAUUUACGCACAAAGAAUAUUGAAAAAUAUCCGAAAAAGUAGUACUUACUGAGAUCUCACUCUAGACAGAGUAGAGCAAAACAUUGAGGGUGCGAUUCAUUUUAUUGGGUAUUUCAUUUCAUUUUAUUUUUUUUUCAACACUGGGUGUUUACAACCUUAGUAUUGCAGUAAUAAUAAAAAAUCAAAAAUCAUUUUUUACUCUUUAUAGACAGGCAGUCUAGUGCGAUUGUAAUUUUACUAAAUCAGUCAAAGCUCGAGCUUAUCUGUUGUUAUUAUGGUAAUUCAUUGAUAUUCUAUUUUAAUUUGUUAUUAUCAUUGUUAAGUACACAACACACCAAUGCUAUAGUUUUUAUAACACGUUCACUGCGGUUAAAUAGAGCCAGCCUUUAAGUCCAUAGCCAAUUAACCUAUAAAAAAUCAUCGCAAAAAUUACAUACUUACCUAUAUCCCUGGGCGUUUUCGAGUAUGAAAACCAUUGUUUCGGUUUCGUAUGAUGCUUCGUCGCCGUGUUUGAUGGCAGAUUCAUUUUCUUCAGUAUCUUGCAUUCAUUGGCUCACAUAAAACGGUCUUUGUAAGCUUUUGCUCUGUUCUAUUUCCUCGAUCGAAGCUACUUGGGGACACUAUUGGGAGGUUGGUAUUAUUUAAUAUGAAAUGGAUGUGGAGAUAGUACUUAGUCUAGAUAUUUUAUUCGCUACCUCGGGGCUAAUUUAUUUAUAAUUUGUAUUCCCCAAGAUUUUGCAAGAUACAAAAAUGUUAUUAAAUAAGAGUGCAAAGAAAGAAGUGCCUUGCAAUAUGUGGAAUUAUCAAUAGCAACUGUUGUUAAGAGCCGCUGUGUCUGUGCGACUUUUCGUGGCGCAUUCUCUAAACAUUUAACUAAAGAAACAUGAACAAAUAAAGUUAAUUUUUCAAGUUUAGGAGAUAACUAUAAAAAGUUAUCGUAAAUAUAUGACAAUAUUUAUUUCUUAACAGAUGUCUCUGUUUAUUCAAAGUUAUUUAAACAACAAACUGUCGAUAAAAUUUAUUAUCAAUGGCGGAUGCCACUUGCAUUUGAAAGAUUGGUAAAACAAUAUCACACCAUAGAUAGGUACCAUUUUCAAAAUUUUAAAGCUUUUAAAAGGGUUUAAGGCAGACUACACACAAUUCACCAAACUUUGGCGGAUUCGGUAUAUAUUGCUGAUUUUUCAUUGCGUUAAAUCAAAGCACUCAUACAAACUAAGCAAAGUUCGGCGAACACUUUGGUGAUAGUGUGGAGCAGGCAUAAGACAAUCUGCUGGCUUCAACCUUAUGAGCACAAUCUCUUUGACAAACGAUCCUUCUUUCAUAAGACCUUUACAUAAAGGUGGUAGGUACUCAAGGGUGGUUCACUGACCGUUUCGACAGCUGCGGUCGCGCUGUCAUUACAAUUUUUCAAAUUUUAACAAAGACAAGAAUGAGUUUUACUAUAUCACUUUACAUUAAUUACUCUGUACUUUAGUAAUGUCAAUUAUUUUAUAAAUGAUCAUUUAUGGAAAUGAUUCCUUCCUCAAGAAAAUUGACCGAUUGUAAUGACCGCGCAGGCGCAGCGGUCGAAACGCUCUGCGAACCACCUUAAGAGGACGAAACCCGCUAGUACCACCCGGUGUUAGUGGGAACACGGAAAAAGUCGGGUAAUAGAGUCAUGUCUUGCUUCGCUGUUUCCUAUAGAUUUUGACGUGUGUUGAUGUACGUCGAAACUCCAUACAAUUUCCGCGUUGUUUGUCGGUGGACGUCAAAAAUGACGGAGCGCGACAGCCAUGGGACAUGGCUCUUGAUAACUGACCACUUUGUGUGUAUCGUCCCUCAGUAGAAAAGUUUUAUCGUACACUACAUAGUGUCACCUCUAAAAAAGGUAUAAACAUAAGAAAUAAUUGUGAAGUCUUUUUGUUUUUCUGAUCUCGAAAAUUCCACGAAAUAUUAUAACCUGUAUUAGUUUACGAUGGAAUCACGUACUUAUUAUUAUCAGAAAUGUAGUUAUAGUUUAAUAUAUUAUUGUGUAUUUACGUUAAAUAAAUUAUGUUUAUUGGUGGGGA